AUGCCACAACUAGCAGGUGGUGGUGGCGGGGACCCUGAGCUUUGUGCCACGGACGAAAUGAUUCCGUUCAAGGAUGAGGGAGACCAAGAACAAAUAUUCGCAGAACUCAGUCACUCAGAGGAAGACGAGGGAGACUUAGCAGAUAUCAAGUCAUCUUUAGUAAAUGAGUCAGAGACGAGUCCAAACAGCAAUCAUGAUGUAAGUAUUUCCUCUCUUGUACUUAAAAGUCCAGUGUUACAUGUUGCCAAACUUUUAUAUAGGCUAGCCUAAAUAAAUGCCCAUCAAAUUUCUAACGGCAACAUAUUUAUUCAAGUUCACCUGUCCCUAAAUAAUAGCCCCCAUUUCAGGUGUGUCAGUUGGACAUUUUAUGAAAGUUUGAGCUGAUAAAAUGACUGGAUGUAGGCCCAAACUAUGUUUGGUUAUGCCAUAAAUAACAAGGUGAUGUGUAGCCUAAUAUUAUAUGUGUAUAAUAUGACUAUUUAAUCUGUAAAUAGUAGCCAUGUUCUGUUUACAUUGUGGAAUCGGUUGUAAACAGAGGCGCAUAAAUAAAGCUGGUGCACGUGGCUGCAGAGCUUUUCCAAACAUUGUCGACGAAUUAUACCAAAGGUCAAACCUACAGAACAAUUUCAUAUGAUCAAUUAUUUUAUACAUUUCAGAGAACUGUUGUACAGUUUUUACGAGGUUAUUUGAAAUUAAAGAUUGCUCAGGAGGUGACGAAUUCGUGAAUACAUUUUAAAUUAUUUUGUUAGGCCUAUUACAAUAUUAAAUUAUCCCUAUUGCAUUAUUGUGGUUAUUAGUAGUAAUAUUAUUAGUGUAACAAUUAUUGUCUUUAUAAGAAAAACAAUAUUAGUAAAAUGAUAAGUAGGCCUACUGAUAAUUAUUACAUUAACAAUAUCAAUAUUGCAAUGGGUUUGGUGAUUUAAUUAAAAAUUUCACCAGGUUGGAUAAUCUAAGCAAUGAAUAAUAUAAAAUAUUAGCGUUUUUCGACAGAUCAAAUUCGUAUUUGAUAUAAAACAAAUGGAUUUUGUUCAAAGGGAAAUCCAGAUUAAAUGAACUUUGAAGAAAAACCACACAUGAUAAAAUGUCACCUCUAGAUUACAGUGACACUCAUGUUCCCAAUGUGAGUUAAGGCUACUCCAUUUCUGCAUGUUUUGGGGCGAUUAUGGCCAUUUCAUGGAGAGACAACACAUUGUUAAAGGAUGGAAUUAAAUUGGGGGGGAAUGAAUGGAAAUAUUACGUUUUGAUAUAGAUUUUGUUCAUAUUUGAAGUAUGAAAGAAAUGUCACUGGCACAGUACAAGUUUAAAGGUAAUGCUGGUAGCUAUUUUGUUCACAUUGUUUAUGUAUUUAAAUCAUCUGUCAUUCCUUUAUCUCAAUCAUGUAUCUCAUGUAUGUAUCAGAGAUGUAACAACAAGUGUAGCUUACAUCGUUUUAGACUGUGUGAUUGUCACAUUCCUCCUCAGUGCAGUGAGUUUCAUAUUCAAUAGUAAUUUUAACUUUGUGCCUCAAUGUAUUUUUUUAAAAUCUGGGCUAGGCAGCUGUUACUAACUCUCUAGCUCUGGAUGCUGUAUGUAUACAAAGGUAAACCUAGCACAAUUAGCUGUUGCCAUUUGUCAUUAACCAAUGUUAAUGGAAUUAGGGUACCUACUGACUCAUAUAGUUAGAGCUGUCACAGAGGCAAAUAAGACGGAGGCUGAAUGUUAAUUGCGAAUCCAGUGAAGUUCCGUGACUCUACUGGAAGCCACCCUCAGGGAAGUGAACUCCAAAAGGAGGUCUUUCUACCCGUUCCCAUUCGGGGGUGGGGGAGAUGCAUGUGGAGGGGUUCACAGUAUUUUGGAAAAGCAGUCGACUAUACAGUAAAAACCAUCCCCUCUUCUCUAUUUUCGCAGUUAUUUUUGAAUCUUUUUUGCAGAACACAUUUUUAUUGCAAAGCAUCAGACUACCGUGAUUUAUUUGAUUUUGAAUUUGGUUGGAGCUUUGGGUAAAUUGGUUGGUGAAAAUGAAAGCAGACUGAUGCAAGUUAAUUUGUAAGCUCCUUAAGGACAUGAAGCUUAAUUAAGUGGCUCGUUGAGGGGUUGAUACAGACCGCUCCGUCAAACCCUCUCUCCCCAACGCACUCGCCUCACUGUAUGUGUUCUUAGGUCCGGGGACAAGCUGAAAGAUGGCGCAGGCCAUAGCAGCGUGUUUGUUUGUGCUUUUAACCGUGUGUGUGUGUGUGUGUGUGUGUGUGUGUGUGUGUGUGAAGUUUUUCAAAUUGAAUAACCUAAUUUCUGUCUCUGUCUCUCACAGGGAACUAGACAAUCCCAAAUAUCCCAAGACUCAUAUCAUGAAAAACACAGAGACCAUCAGGAUGAUGGUAAGUGACACACAUCACAUUAAAUAUUCUCCAGUCAGUUAUCAGCAUGUUUUAGAGAUCUGCAGUUAUAUAUGGGUAACAUUGAGCCAAGAUAAAGGUUUUAAAAAAAUUCCCCCCCCCUUUAAAUAUUCAAAUCCAUUUCUGGAGGCUUGAUAAUUGAGAGAUUUGUUUUUUAUUUUUAAAGGGAAGAAAGAUGGUAGACUGGAAAAGGUUCUACCCACUUAAUUUUCUGUUCAGAACUGAUCAGUCACACUAUGGUCCUUUUUCUUAUCUGACCCCAGUUCAUUCUGAUGCAGAGAUGAUAUCUGAAUUGAUUCUAGUCAGGACAUGUACAAACUGAAUAAAAUAAGACGUCAUAUAUGUAAGUAUUUUGUGGUCCGGAGGAAAUAUUAUUUAUGCAGAGAAUUGUUUAGUAAUCCCAAUGACUGCGGCCCCUUGCAUGGUUAUCUGAAAGAUGUAAUACUGAUGCUUUUAAAUUGUUAAAUUGACAUGAAUAAAAACCUGUGAAGAGGACUUCAAAUGAUAGGCAGUGACUUAAACAUGUGGCUCUCUGAUACUAGUAGUGAGUGACACUUAAUAUUCUCCUUGGCUAAUUUUGUACACAUACUCUCUGUCUCUCUGUAUCACUGUCUCUCUCUGUCUCUGUGUGUGUUGUCCUGUACAUGUUGCUGCUGUGCGACAGCGCCAGACUCAUUUGAUGUCAUUAUUUGGUCCGGGCUGUAUUCUGACCCCAGAUAGAGCUGCAGGUCAUGAUUGGAGCUCUGUUCUGUUCAGAGUGUCUCUUCUUUGUUCCCCUAGCAGCCCUGAAUAGGACCCCCUCAAACCAAACACUCCCUUUCCCCACAACAAGCCCAUGUUGCCAUCAAUCUACCAGACACACCACACCAACCCCUCCCCCUCUCCCCAGAAAGCAACAACUAACAGCCACCAAGUCGUUUGUCGCGUGUUUCUAUUCAGGCAGGGGGACGGACGGCCCCUAUCAAAUGCUCUCUCUUUAGGUCAGAGGCGUGGGGAACAGUAGGGGCGUCUCUUGUUUUGACACAGUCUGUAUGUUCUUCCUAAUUGACGCUAAUUGGCACGGAGGGACGCCAUUGUUCCUCUGUAUAAUACGGCCCCCCUCUCCUCUUCUCCAAGACAUGCAAGACAAAAGACUAGUGAAACGGGGGCACCGGGUCACAGCGAUCGACAACGAUAUCAUUACGGCAUCAAGAGGCAUGCAUGGCGUGAUGAUGCGAUUGUCAUAGUGCCAGAUGGACCCAGUGUUGAUAGCGAGACUAACUUGGCAAUGACUAUUCACAUGCAACUGUAUUAGUAGGCUAUAAACUCCAGGAGAUUUUCCCAAUGACUCUGAACUGCUGAAGUUAUGAUGGCGGGGAAUAUUGCUAUGUUACUAGAUCAGACUGUUGCUUAGAGAUGCUAUUCUAUUUAAAAGGCCAAAAUCCUAACUGAGAUUAAUGUGCUUGACUUGAGUUCUCUAACAAAUCUUCCAUUAAUGAUCGUAAAUGUACGAUUUGCACCAAGCUUCAAGGUCACACUUUUCUGUCUCCUGGGCUUUUUUCCAGGGAAACACCUAGACAUGUACAACAAAGGUCAUUCGUACUCUGGAUACCCAGGUUACAUCAUGAUGACUAAUAUGAACAACGACUCCUACAUGAACAACGGCUCCCUGUCGCCGCCCAUGCCCAGAACG